AUGUUUUGCUGUCUCAAUAUACUGCCAGUCCCACUGCAGGUCUGCAUGGGAAUGUGUCUUCACCAGGAUAUCACAGAAGAGAGUAAAAAGGCUAAACUCCAGAGCUCUCAAAUAGAGAAAGACCUUUGUGAACAUGCCAGGAGUGAGAUGAAUGUGGUGAAAAUCCUCAUGCUUGGAGCUGCAGAGAGUGGAAAGAGCACCCUGAUCAAACAGAUUAAGAUAAUCCACAGUCACGGCUUCUCCAAACAGGAGCUCGUCACUUUCAAGCCUGCAGUACUCGACAACCUGCUGACCUCCAUGAAGUUUGUUCUCCGAGGAAUGGGCAUGCUGAGGAUUAACCUUGCUAACAAGAAGAACAAGGUGCACGCCCGCUCCAUCCUGUCGUGCAGUCAGUGUUUGGGGGUCGACCAGGAGCUGCUUCCUUUCGUGGCCCAUGCUUUCUGCGCACUCUGGGCCGACCAAGGAGUGCGAGCAGCCGCGGCCAGAGGUUACGAGUUUGAGCUGAAUGACUCUGCGCUCUAUUUCUUUGAGAACAUGAAUCGAAUCAUCGCUCCCAAAUACGUUCCCGCCGAGGCAGAUGUUCUGAGGGUGAGAGUGAGGACCUGUGGAAUCAUUGAGACGCAGUUUGAACUUAAUGAAAUGAUCUUUCGGCUGUACGACGUCGGGGGCCAGCGGAGUGAGAGGAGGAAGUGGCUCAGCUGCUUUGACUGCAUUCAGGCCGUGCUGUUCGUCGUGGCCCUCAGCAGCUAUGAUAUGACGCUGAUGCAGGACCCUUCCAGGAAUCGGCUGCAGGAAAGUCUUGAACUUUUUUCAUCCACGUGCACCAGCACGGUCUUCAGGAGCACCACGCUGAUUCUGCUUAUGAACAAAACUGACCUUUUCCGGGAGAAGAUCCUACACUCUGGAAGACACUUGAGGUUUUACCUUUCUAGUUAUAAAGGAGCAGAUGGUGACGUGGAUGCUGCAGCCCACCACAUCACUGCCAUGUUCGCAUCAUGUAACGGCAGUGCUGGGAAGCCCGUGUACCACCACUUCACCACAGCCACAGACACCGCUAAUGUACAGGUGGUCUUCCACAUGGUCAUAGAUCAGAUCAUCAAGGAGAACCUGGCAGCUGUCCAGCUGCUAUAA